UGUUUCCUGCACCCAUUAAUUAGAAACGAGACAAACUCGCAUCGCGUCCUGCGGGAAAGCAAAACCAACACACCUUAUUUAGGCAACGAUUAUUUAUGAUAUAGGCCAAAUUUUUUACCAUUUAUUAUUAUGUCUUACUGAAUAGACUAAUAUCAACAUAAACCAAGCGAUGACUGUCAUGUGCGCGCAUGUAUUAUCAGUUUUAUGGAUGUCACUCGGUCAAGGUCCACGCUCCUGAUGCGAGUAGCAAGACUGGAUUUCUUUCCUUUGGGCCAAGAAGAUCUGACUCAAACAAAUUCCGUUAUUAAAGGGCAGAAUUUAGGAUACUGAUUACUGUUCUACUCUAGAAUGGAAGCCCUCUGGCACUGGAAGGAGGUGGACGCACUGAAACGAGGAGAACUUUGAUUGGCGAAAAUAUGGAUAGAUGCAUGGAUUUGUUAAAAUGAAUGACACGAACGACAAGUGCUUCACAAUCAUGUCAUUUCAGAGCAACUAACGUGGAGUGUUCAUAGGAAUAGGCAUAUUUGUGAGCUGAAUCGCCCGUUUAAAAGGUGAAGGAAAAAACGGAUCUCAAGGAUUUUUCCUGUCACAGGGAAAUGUACUUUACCGUAUAAUUUUCGUUUUGAAAGUCAAGUAAAUAUUGUAAUUUACAUAGUGGCCUAUAAACGUAUGUCACUAUAGAUUACUGAGUUGAACGAAAACUGUCAGUAUGUCGGCGGUAAUGAUGACACGGAAGGUACGAAAAUGGGAAAAGCUACCAGGGAAAAACACUUUCUGCUGUGAUGGACGCGUAAUGAUGGCCCGGCAGAAAGGCGUCUUCUAUCUAACCUUAUUUCUCAUCGUUGGCACCUGCUCCCUGUUCUUCGCAUUCGAGUGCCCAUACCUGGCAAUCCACCUGUCCCCUGCCAUCCCGGUCUUUGCUAUCCUCCUCUUCUUUUUCGUCAUGGCCAUGCUGCUGAGGACCAGCUUCAGUGACCCGGGAGUGUUGCUGCGCGCACUCCCCGAAGAGGCCACCUUCAUCGAGAUGGAGAUCGAGGCGACCAAUGGGAACGUCCCGGCCGGGCAGCGGCCUCCACCUCGGAUCCGCAACGUCCAAAUCAAUGGGCAGAUCGUCAAACUGAAGUACUGCUAUACCUGCAAGAUCUUCCGACCACCUCGUGCCUCACACUGCAGUAUAUGUGACAACUGCGUGGAUCGCUUUGACCAUCACUGCCCCUGGGUGGGCAACUGUGUGGGCAAGAGGAACUACCGUUACUUCUACCUGUUCACCCUGUCCCUGUCCCUGCUCACCAUCUAUAUCUUCACCUUCAACAUCGUACACGUGGUGAUGCGCUCGGUGAACUCUGGGUUUGUGAAGACACUACAGGACACACCUGGGACUGUGCUGGAAGUGCUGGUGUGCUUCUUCACCUUGUGGUCAGUGGUGGGACUGACAGGCUUCCAUACUUACCUGAUCUCCCUCAACCAGACCACCAAUGAGGAUAUCAAAGGCUCAUGGUCUGGAAAGAACCGGGUGCAGAACCCCUACAGCCACAAGAACAUCAUCAAUAACUGCUGUGAAGUGCUGUGUGGCCCUGCAUACCCCAGUGUCUUGGACAGAAGAGGGCUGAUGCGGGAUGAUUUGCCUGUUCCCACAUCCGCUGCCGAGGCUGCCACCAACAGCAAUCCAGUGCCACAGACCACAAAAACUACAGCUCCACUCAUCCCCAACGAGCACACCCCUGACGACGCCAAGCCCAGCAUCGCAGACUCUGCCAUCGCUCAAGCAGAGAAAAGAAGCCCCUCCCCCAGGGAGGAGAAGCUGCCCAGUCUACCCAAAUCCCCACCGACUCCCACCAAAGUCCCGCCCUUGGCCUCACCUGAAACUGACGCGCAGGCCUCAAUUAUUGCCAAGGAUAAGGCACUCUAGCUGCAUGGUGUUUUUUUUCCCCUUGCCCCUCCCACAGUCAGUCACAACUUUUCUCUAAACGCUCUGUCUGGACCUGUGAGGGAGACACUUUAAUCAGCUUCUGUAUGAGCUAUAUGAGUGAGAAGCAUCUGCCUGUAAUGAGUGGAGAAUAACUGCAAGGCUCUGACUCCCUGCUCAUUCAACCAGAUAUGCAGAGUUGGUGCCCCCACCAAACCUGCAUCCCACUAAGUUAGUGACUGCAGGACUGCUUGAUUGACAUUCACACUGCAGAAGGAUGGUAGCUCGGCACCUUUCUCCUUCCCCUGAACAUUGCAUGGAAAAACACAGAUAAUGGGGAAACUAGGAACUGUGAACCCACUGGAUGCAGCUGACUGUAUAUCCUGGGUAGUGUGAGGCUGAAGGGGUCCUAAAAUACCCAGGCGCCUCUGGAUCGUGGCUAACUGUGGACUCUGAUUGUUAAUGCUACUGUUUCUGUCUUUUGUUUUAUAGCUGUGGUGAUUUUUUUAAUGUGAAGAAGCCAGUUCUAAAAUACUUAGCAUUGCAAAAUAUCUAACAAAUACACUUGUUGUAAAGCCUCUAACACAUCCACAAGUCUGUUCUCAGAACCACACCGAUCAUGCCCCUAUGCAAUCCAUGGGAAGCUGGGCAGUUGGCACAACAGCUAUUAGGAUGAUGAGGAUAUAAGGACAGACAGCUAGUUUAGGGUAUGUUGAACAGUAAAACAUGGCAGAGAAAGGAAACACUAACCAUCGUUUAUGGUUGCGGUAAAGAGGCAACCAUUUUGUCUCUUCAGUAAGUGAUCCUAAUGAACAUCUCUAGAAAUGUUGAGAUUAAGGUGCCACCUCGGCUACUAUCCUUCCAUUUUUAGACUCACAGACACACCAGGGUUGGGGCCGUCAUUAUAAAUUCAGUCAAUUCAGAGGAUAAACUGAACGGAAAAAAGGUUGAAUGAUCUUCUGAAAUGGCAGGCCGUUUCCAGGGGUACCCUCAGAGUUCCUGUAUCUAGCAUUAGAAGCAACCACUUUGGUGUGUCCCAGAGAGGGUGUCCCAGAGAGGGUGUGUCAUUGUUGGGGGCAUUUUCAUUUCAAUUCAGUCCAUUCAGAAAGUAAACGGAGGAAUUUCCAGUUGACCUUCUGAAUUGACUUAAUUUAUAAUUACGGCCCCAACCUGUGUGUGUGAGAGAGACAGACGGAGAUUACUGUUGACAGUAGACACUAGUUACAGUGCCUUAUCAAAAAGCUGCGCUGUCACAUGCAACUAUAACUAAGGUUGUCGAGCUACAGAGACCCUUAGACUCCAGGUCGAGCUACAGAGACCCUUAGACUCCAGGUCGAGCUACAGAGACCCUUCGACUCCAGGUCGAGCUACAGAGACCCUUAGACUCCAGUUCAUGACUCAGAACUCCAAAUCAUGCCAACUGUAAAUAACGUCCCUUUUUUAUACAGUUACCAAUGAGACUUAGAGACAGCAGAAAAUGAAGUAAAGCCAUUGUUUAAAUGUAAAUAAUAUAUGUAGGUGUUGAGAAAACUGUUGGGUCUAUUGCUGAUGAAAAGGGAAGAUUGAGAGAAGAGAACCAGGUUGUCUCUGUUUUUGAGUGUAUGUGGCCAGUGUUAGAUAUUUGCCUGUGAAUGAACAUCCACCUUGCUUCUUGCAAGUCAUGCAACUUUGACAUUUUUCCUCUUAGCUUCCACUGUCAACUUGGUGUCCUUGCUCCUUAUCAUCCACCUAUUGCUGAGGACAGCUUUCAUUAUCUCCAUUCCUCUUCCUCUCUGUGUUUCCCAGGGAAGAUAUUCAGUACACCAGCCAUCUGUGGCGGGCUCAUUAUCAAACUGGAAAAGUGAGACUGCAGCUGCUUUCUCUCUUCUCUUUCUCAUCUGUUCAUUUCACACCAAACGGAGUGGAGAAUUGAGGGUUUGUGAGAGGCGGGCAAAGUGUGACAAUUUCAGCUGCUUUUCAACUAGGCUAGGAUUCACAAAAGAUGGUCAGUGAGAAUUGGGUGAUAUGUUAAACUGCUAUUGGUUGACAAUGGAGAGAGUUUGUAUUACUCAUUGUGUUGUAUGUAAGGCAGAGUAAUUGUGAUGUAUACUUAUAUAGAAACUCUAGUAUAACAACGUUGAGUUUUUUAGCCAUCUGAUAGGCCCAAGAUGAUCAUUUAUACAUGACCAGAAUAGAAUAAUACUUUAGUAAUCUGAUUUAAUUCAUAUAAAGGAUUGCAGCGCUACUGUAUAUGGCCAAGCAGUAUGUUUAAACUUCUGAUAAUUUGAUUUCAUUUCACAAAUAUUCUCCGUUCCAGUGUAUUUAAAUUAGGAAUGAGUAGGGGAGUUACUAGUUGUUACAAUUUACACUCAAUAACAUUACAACAGUAACCCAGACUUUAUCCUGAUUUGAACUAUGAGUAAACACAACCAUCUAGGUCCUUGUAGUGUUUUUAUCACUAUUUUAAUUGUGCUCGGAAGGUGUAGGGUGAGGUUUCCCUAGACGCAGAUCUUGAAUCAGAAUUUUACUCACUAAUGGUUAAGGUUAGGAUUGGGGGAUGGGAAGCUGAUCCUAAAUCUGUUCCUAGGGGAGAUUUCACCCCAGAGCUGCCGAUAAUGUAAACUGCCUUUUGAAACAGACAACAAAGGGAUGUUUUAAUCAAAUAGUGGUGUACAUUAUUUUCUGAAUUUCUAUGUAUGCAAUUGAGAAGGCCUUUCAGGAAAUGUCUUCUAUUUGAAUCAUUUUUUUCCACAAACUUUUUUUCAUCUUUUGGAGCAGUUCUUAGGAUUACCCUCAAACCAAUCUUCCUAUCAAUUGAAGUUGAAAGAGUUUUUGUCCCUGAAUAGUUUUCGGUUCUGGACAGUUGUAAAGAUUCUCUUUCAAUAGAUAAUUCCCUGCUGUAUUGCUUCAAUGGAGAGUGUGACUGUACUUGUGAUUGUGAUUAACAAAUGAAAAGGGGAAUGUUCAUGUUUUAGCUGGUUGAAAGCUAAUUGAACGGAUCAGACGCUUUUACUAUAUGCUAUCUCUAUGGGCAUAUAGUAAUAUUACAUACAAUGACCUGAGACGUUUGGAAUUGUUUAUCUCAAUGUUGAGUUAACGUUUGGAUGUAUGAUUUGGAUUUAUAAUGUUACAUGUGCACUACGAGGGUCUCCGAUCUGAAGGCUCUGAUCUAGACAUGACAGUACAUAAUGCAUACAGUACAGAUACAAUACCACUGAUGGAAUUAUAUUUAUGUCCACUUUGUUUAGUAAUAGCACUGUGAUUAUUUAUAUUUCAUGAUAUUUCCCUCACUUUUUACAUGAUUGAUUGGCGUAUCUGGUAAUUAAAUGAUAUUGUCUUAA